AUGGACAAGUUGAGAAGAUGCGACUGCGCUGGGUUUUCGAGGGUGGAGGUAGAGUGUGGCAUUUCGGCUCCUCCUUCAGAUGUGGUGCUCUGGUCUUUGCUCUGGGAGGUCGUGGCUGAAGUUUCCGUCAGAUCUGAACGGUGUGGUGGUUCGGAGGCUUUGAGGACGAGUUUCCGCCGUCGAUUUGUUCAAGGAGGUGGGGUUUUCGGCUGCUUUGAUCUCGUCAGGGCAGCGACGGCGUGGUCUCCGGUGUACCGGAGAGUGGCUCAUUCCGUCGUCUCUCUCGUUCCUUUCUCGCCGGCGGCUGUUGUUGGGCGGUGGUCGACAGUGGUGGGAUCUCACAGUGACGACUGUGGUUUCUCUGCUCAGAUUUGGCCUUCCGUGUGGCUCUUUCAGCUUCUGCUGGUUCCUUUUGCUUCUCGGGUUCGUAGAUUGGCUCAAGCUCUGAUAGGGGAUGACUCCGUUAAAGCUUAA